AUGUUCGAAUCCGACGACGACGUAGCCCUUCUCGAAGCCAUCCGAGCAUAUUUGCUCGACGAUUCCACGUCGCCGCCACCACCGGAAAUAAUGUUCGAGAACCCGCCGCCGGCCGACCCUCCACGGGAAACGGAGGCGGACGCCAGGUGGCGACGGUACAGAGGGGUGAGACGGCGCCCCUGGGGGAGAUUCGCGGCGGAGAUAAGGGAUCCGGCGAGGAACGGGUCCCGCGUGUGGCUCGGGACGUACGAGACGGCCGAGGACGCGGCCCGGGCGUACGACAGAGCAGCGUACGGGAUGAGGGGGGCCCGAGCGCUGCUGAAUUUCCCGCUGAGGAUAAAUUCCGGCGAGCCGGCGCCGGUCAGGGUCACGGCGAGGAGGCCGGCAGCCACGAGUGGGUCGGGGAAGAGGGGAAGGGCGGGCCGGCGUGAGUUGGGGAGGAUCGAAUGA